GUGAUGACGUCAAAGAUCGCUGACACAGAGGUUGUUUUGGAGGAAGUGACAAGAGAUUGAAAAAUAAAGAAUUAGGCCCUCUUCAAGUAAACAAGCAGGGAUUCAUUUCGCUUAAUAAUUUAUCUUACUUUGGAAACACAGGUGGCCACCUAUUAGUAUUAAAAGUAUAUUGCAUAGAAUUAAAGAGACGUGCGUUCUGACUGCAGCUAACCACCACUGGUGGCACCAGACAGUUUUCCGUCCGAUCUCGGCCUAUCCAGCUAGCCUAGGUUGGGGGGCAGACAGACAAAAUUGAAUUCAUCUGUUUUUUAUCCAGCAGGACGAAAGGCCCAUUUUGACAUUCUUUAAUAUACCAUCCCUGAGUUUGGGUUGAUCAAGCUGUGGCACAAUGACAUCUAGGAAGAAAGUACUACUUAAAGUCAUCAUUCUGGGAGACUCUGGAGUUGGGAAGACCUCGCUGAUGAACCAGUAUGUGAAUAAGAAGUUCAGUAACCAGUACAAAGCCACAAUAGGAGCUGAUUUCCUGACGAAAGAAGUGAUGGUGGAUGACAGGCUUGUUACCAUGCAGAUCUGGGACACAGCGGGGCAGGAGAGGUUCCAGUCUCUGGGCGUGGCGUUCUACCGCGGGGCAGACUGUUGUGUGCUGGUGUUUGACGUGACCGCCCCCAACACCUUCAAGACUCUAGACAGCUGGAGGGACGAGUUCCUCAUCCAGGCCAGCCCGCGAGAUCCUGAGAACUUCCCCUUUGUGGUGCUAGGCAACAAGAUUGACCUGGAGAACAGACAGGUGACGACUAAACGAGCACAGGCCUGGUGUCAGAGCAAGAACAACAUCCCCUACUUCGAGACCAGCGCUAAGGAGGCCAUCAACGUUGAACAGGCUUUCCAGACUAUCGCACGCAAUGCUCUUAAACAGGAGACAGAGGUGGAGUUGUACAAUGAGUUCCCUGAACCGAUAAAGCUGGACAGGAACGAACGGGCCAACCCAUCAGCGGAGGCCUGCAGCUGCUGAGGACCUAGCAGACUUACAGGGCCGUAACUGUCGGCCCUGCUACCCUGUCUUGCCUUGUCUAACCCCUAUCCCCCACACCCCACUGUGUGCUCCCCUUUGCCCAAUAUUAUCACUGGCCUUCGUAGAUGCAAGUUCCGCUCGAAAAAUAUACUUUACACACACGCUGCACUCACACCUGUGUACAUAUCACACACUUACUCUCAAGAUAAGUCUCCAAGCCCAAAGAACACCCAGAUGAAUAUUAUAGCAUUUAUUAACAUGAGAUCUGCUUAGUAUUUCCCCCUUAACUGUCUCGUGACGCAAACACUUUUUUAGACACCAUUGUUUCCAUGGCACCACCCAACCUCACACACACGCAUACGGAAAUAAAAUCCCAUGACAUUUAAAAGGGGGGGUUAGUUCCAGUGGUAAAGGAGGUUGUGAAGGUUCAGAACGAGUAAUUUAUAUAAUUGUGUGUGAAAGUGUGUGUUUGGGUCAUGCCAAUGUACUGCCCAAAGAUACAUGUGUUAAUUGGCUUGGAAGUGAACUAGCAAGUCCAACAUACGAGUAUGUUGUUCAAUGCAUUUUUUUGCACUUUGUUGUCAUGUAGACGUAUUCAAAUCCUGUUUGACACCUCAUUUUGAAGCCACAAUAAAAACCAACAUUUUAAGUCGAGGCUGAAGAGGCAGUGUGGAUUUUAACUCUGCUCCCCAACUUCAAUGAUGUCCCCUAACUGCCCUAUACAUUCAAUGUUUCUCAAUGUCAAGCAGCAAAUUAUUUUGUCAACAUUCUGCGACCUGACACAAGGGGUAGAGAAUCAAAGGGAGGACGUCCUAUCUGAUACAGCUGGGGAGGGGACAGAGAUUUUUCAAGCGUAUAAAUAUGACACAUUACUAUUAUUAGCUAUUGCCUCUAUAUUGUCUUAUUUUUACACUGUCAACUGUUGCAAGACUAUAUGUGCAAACCUUUAAGUCUGUCAAUCGUUUAGCGUAGGCAAAAACCAUGUCAGUUUCCAUGCCUCUGCCGAUAGCUCAGGUUGGCAAAUUUUUUGUUGACAAGUGCUCGAUAUUUCUUUUAACUGAUCAGAUCUUUUACUGUCUGUUCAUAUAUUGUUAUUAUUACUAUGUUUAGAAUUUGAAUUGCAUCAUAGAUGACGAGAACACAACUUUUUUUUAUUUAAUAUUAUUAAUUAAAUGAUAACUUAAUCUA